AUGCUAAAUCAAAACAUAAUCCGUCCCUCUGUUUCGCCUUGGAGCGCCCCUGUAUGGGUAGUCCCGAAAAAAUUAGACGCUUCUGGCAAAAGAAAGUGGAGAAUAGUCAUUGACUAUCGCCGUCUUAAUGAUAUCACAGUUUCUGAAAGUUAUCCCCUGCCUCUUAUCACUGAUAUCCUAGACCAAUUAGGCCAUUCCAAGUAUUUCACAACCCUUGAUCUUGCUAGCGGUUUCCACCAAAUAAAGAUGGAUCCUAAAGAUGCCCCAAAAACGGGAUUUACUAUAAGUACUAAUUCGAGCAUGUCUGGUCACUACGAAUUCACUAGAAUGCCCUUUGGUUUAAAAAACGCUCCUUCUACCUUCCAGCGCCUGAUGAAUACUGUCUUAUCAGGUUUGCAAGGUCUACACUGUUAUGUUUAUCUAGAUGAUUGCAUAAUUUAUAGUCAUAAUUUAAAUGAACAUAUGGAAAAAUUAAAACUAGUAUUCAAUAAGCUGCGCGAAUACAAUCUAAAAUUGCAACCAGAUAAGUGCGAAUUUUUAAGACGUGAAGUAACUUAUCUUGGUCAUAUUAUCACCGAUAAGGGUGUCUCUCCUAAUCCAGAAAAAGUAAAAGCAGUGUCACAAUUUCCAAUUCCUAAGAGCCCUAAAGAAAUUAAAUCCUUCCUAGGCCUAAUAGGUUAUUAUCGCCGAUUUAUUGAUAAUUUUUCUAAAUUGACAAAACCACUUACUUCUUUAUCAAAAAGGGAUACUACUUUCCACUGGUCUCAAGAACAACAAAUUGCUUUCGAUGUUUUAAAAGAAAAAUUAAUCACUGCUCCGCUGCUCCAAUAUCCAGACUUCUCUCAACCGUUCAUAGUAACUACAGAUGCAAGUAAUUAUGCCGUAGGUGCAAUCUUAUCCCAAGGUCCUGUAGGCAAAGAUAAACCGAUAGCUUAUGCAUCACGUACUCUAAACCGUCCCGAAGGCAAUUAUUCAACUACCGAAAAGGAACUUCUAGCCAUUCUAUUCGCAGUCAAAACGUUUCGUCCUUACCUCUACGGUAAUAAAUUCAAAAUAGUUACCGAUCAUAGACCAUUGGUAUGGCUAUUCAAUGUCAAAGACCCAGGUAGUAGACUCAUUCGUUGGCGCUUAAAACUCGAAGAAUACGAUUACGAAAUUGUUUAUAAACAAGGCCGUCUUAAUUCUAACGCCGAUGCGUUAUCUCGCUGUCCCGUUAAUGAUAUUAAUAGAUAUUAA